CACCUGAUGUUGGGGCUUGGAUCCCUGAGGCAAAUCCUCGAGGUCAGGAGGACAAGUGAGUUGACAUUUCUGUCUACCUGGUCCACACCCUGUACUGAUAUGCUCAGAUUUAUGAGCCAUGACUUGCAGGGAAAACAACAGCCUUGUUCGUAUCACAUUCUUAGAAAGGGAAAACUCUUUUGAGCCAAACGGGGAAAAACUGGGUUUGGGGUUCCCCAAAUCCUCAGUUUAUGACCAUAGAAGAGGUGUGUUGCGGGGGAGGAAUUGCCUUUCCUUUCACCCACCUCUUUGUCCAGGAGAUCUUCGGGACACAGCUUCCUUACCUCUGAAGUUUAAGUUUAACCCAAAGCUGGGCAUUGACAAUCCAGUCCUCUCCCUGGCCGAAGACACUGGUCCCUGGAACUUGGAGCGGCCUCGAUUCUGUCUGCUGAGCAAAGAGGAGGGCGGGAGUUUCGGUUUUCACCUGAAGCAGCGGCUGGGCAAGGCUGGGCAUGAGGUGUGCAGGGUGGAGCCAGGCACCUCUGCCCACCACCAGGGUCUCCAGAAAGGAGACCAGAUCCUGGCCGUGAACAACAAUGUCGUGGAACACGAGGACUAUGUGGUGGUGGUGCGUCACAUCCGGGCCAGUGGUCCCAGGGUGUUGCUGACAGUCUUGGCAAGGAAUGUGUAUGAUGUGACCCAAGCUCAGCGGGGGAACGACGCCCACCUCUGUCCUGUUCUAGACUCAGGGGUCCGGCCCCGGCUGUGCCACGUAGUGAAAGAUGAGGGUGGCUUUGGCUUCAGUGUCACACAUGGAGCUCAGGGUCCCUUCUGGCUGGUGCUAAGUGCAGGAGGAGCAGCCGACAGGGCAGGGGUGCCCCCUGGGGCCCGGCUGCUGGAAGUGAAUGGAGUCAGCGUGGAGAAGUUCACUCAUAACCAGCUCAGCAAGAAGCUUUGGCAGAGUGGAAAGCAGGUGACUCUGCUAGUGGCAGGGCCAGAGGUGGAGGAGCAGUGUCGCCAGCUGGGAAUGCCUCUAGCCGCACCCCUGGCAGAGGGCUGGGCACUGCCUGCCAAGCCCCGGUGUCUGCACCUAGAGAAGGGGCCCAAGGGCUUUGGGUUCCUGCUUCGGGAAGAGAAGGACACUGAUGGCCGUCUCGGGCAGUUCCUGUGGGAGGUGGACCCGGGCCUGCCGGCCGAGAAGGCCGGGAUGAGGGCAGGGGACCGACUGGUGGCUGUGGCCGGGGAGAGUGUGGAGGCACUGCGCCAUGAGGAGACAGUGUCCAGGAUCCGGGAACAGGGCUCUCGCGUAACCCUCAUUGUCGUGGACGCUGAGGCUGACCGCUUCUUCCGCAUGGUUCGCCUGUCCCCACUCCUCUUCUUGGAGAGCACAGAGGCUGCUGCCUCCUCCCAGGCCACCAACUCAACCUCUCCGGUUGAGACUGAGAACCGACCAGCGGAACACAGAGCGGGGUUUCCUGGGCCUCCUGGCUCGAGCCAGUGCUUCCUGUACCCCGGGCCUGGUGGUGCCUAUGGUUUCCGACUCAGCUGUAUGACAACAGGGCCUCAUCUCUUUAUCUCUCAGGUGACCCCAGGAGGCUCAGCUGCCAGGGCAGGGCUGCAAAUGGGAGACACGGUUCUGGAGGUGAACGGGUAUCCUGUGGGCGGUGACAGUGACCCGGAAAGGCUUCGGCAGCUGGUGGAAGCUGAGCCACCCCUCUGUCUGACGCUGGCAGCCAGGUCUCAAGAGGGCUUGAAAGCCUGGACUGCCCCAGGGUCUGGAGAGGACUGGGCUCUGGCCUCGGAUCUGCUGUAGAACAGCUCUGCCUAGCACGGAUCUGCGGGUGGUGUUCCUGCCUCGCAGCCCACGGUGGCGGGAGCAGAGGGAUGCUCAGAGGUGGGAGCUGGAGGACUCCGAGGCAUCACUGAAGGGACUUUCCAGGUCUCCCUCCCAUCCUAUGGGCUCCCUUCCUGCCAAGGAUGUCGUCGGAGGCCAUGAGAAGAAGCCAGAGGCUCCAGGGGACUUGUGGGAACUCCGGAGAGCUGCACACAGGGUGAAGUCCUGCCUGAGGAGGGGCGCUGUGGGGCUGGCUAGGAUUAAAACCAUUUGGAAGCUG